CGGCAACUCAAGGAAAUCUGCGUCCUUUUCCAGCUCAAGAAAGAGCAUUAUCAAUCUUUCAGAAGUCUGGCAAUAUACCAUCUUCGGAAGAAUACCACUGUAGCUCGCCUCAAAGAGCAGCUCAAUGACAUCUCUGGACAACCUAUUGUAGAGCUCGCGGUCAGCUUCUUGGCCACGUACGGACCAGCGUUGUGGCCUGCCGACUCAAAGUUCCGAACGCAUCUGCUCAAGGCACAUCUCGGGAUUUGGGGCAGCAAAUUCGGUUUAGGGACGCCAAGCUAUGUGAAAGACGCUUCUAUGACUGUCUGGGCAAGAGCCAAAUACCGGAAAGAGAAUGGAGGUCGUGAUCCAAGACGCGAUGCGGAGAUGGGAGGCUCCAAGCUUGGGAAGCUGAUGAGCAUGUAUUUCGAUGCACUUCUGCCUGUCAUUGAUGAGGCGGGAGGAGAAGGGCAGCUUGAUGGUGAAGAUCUGUUGAAUGCCAUUCUGAAAAGAGGGAGAAGUGAUGGAGAAGAAACGGUGGAAAUAGGUGAUACUGAAACUUCAAAUGCGGCCCACGAGUCAAUCUCAAGGGAGUCCAGUCCUGAAGAGCCACUUUCAGCAAUCGUCCGAAGGAAUAAGACCCAAAUACCAAAUGCGGAUAAGGGUCCGCUGGCAAAUUCCGGACAUGUUCAUCACGGAGCAUUGCUGCCAGUGCCUCUUGAUACCACCCACCAGAGCAUAGCAGCCAACGUCGCAUCACGAGACUCAAGUCGUGACACACCACUCGUGAUCGAACGCGUUCAUCGACUGCUCGCUCAUACGUCAUUCACUAACUCAUCUUCCGGUGAGAACACAGUUACUUUCGCAGGAGCAGCUCCGCAGAAUAGUACCUCAAGUGCAAGUCCGACGGUAGACACGCCUUCCACUGAAUGGGAAGUACCAGCUGCAGCAUCUUCAGCGAUACCUCAGGCGUCAAACUCACAGCCUGAGCCCAAAGCCAUCCAAUCCGUUGACGAAGGCUCAGCGUCAAUGUUCAACUCACUGAUGGACAUCACUUCAAACCUAGAUGCUUCACCUGGCGCUGAUGCGGAAAGUGCCUCCGAGCAGGAUAUCCACGACCAGCUCCGAGGGCCCAUCGACAAUGUCGAAGGUACCGCGAACAACCAUAACCAGCCGUGUCAGCCAACCACCAAUCUUGCAUUACUCACAUCCACGCCUUCGAACACACACGCCAUGACACAGCCGUCAAUCUCUCAGAUGGACCAAGUGCCAGCAGCUACGCGUCCCGUCAGCACUAUCAGACGUUGUAUUCCAGCACCAGUGCAAUUCGAACCGGCUGGCACUUCACGCAAGCGACCAGGCAGAAUUUCUUUCGAAGGAGUUCCUUCGAAGCGGAAGGCAACAGACACCAUGGACCCACCGCCACUGCCACUGCCGCCUCACUUAUGGACACCAAUCACUGCUGAAACGACUUGGCGACCUAUACCGGAAGUUAGUGGUGACUGGGACGGAAUGAGGGAGAGACUUCGGCUGAUGAAGAUUGCUACCGAUGGGCUUGGUGGUUUGCCGAGAGUUUGA